AUGGACCGAAUAAUCUACAAGUUCUCUUUCCUGUUGUCGAAGAUUUUCUUUGACCCAGUGUCUUUAAUCUCCCGACUUACAGGGUCUCAGCCAAUUCUCAGUUUGGACGGCCAUAACAUACAAUCGAAGAAUAUGGAGGAUAACCAAGAACCAUUAUCCGUAUUAACCGCCGACAUGGCAGUCGGUGCUGCUACUGUUGAGGCUCCCGUGGAUGAGCCCAAGAAAGGCAGAGUGUUGGUCCUCAAUGGGUUGCCAGGCACGGGGAAAACAAGCAUUGUGAAGAACCUCAAAGAACGACUCCCUGGCCAGAAGAUCCAGAUAGUCGACAGUCCCAUUAUGGCUGGACCAUUUUGCGCCCAUGCGUAUCAGCGAGAGUAUCGAUCAGCCUACCUUCAUGAGAUCCGAAGAUUGGCAGACCAGGGCUACACUAUCCUGGUGACAGCUUCUCUGGCGAACAGCAUAUCGAGCCAACGAGUUAUUCAAGACAUUCUUGAAGUUGUCUGCGGGAAAGAAAUCUCCUUGUUCUGGAUCAACAUCAGCCGCCAAGAGGUUGUACAAGAUCAAGAAAUAUCGAACUCAACCCGGUUAGCGAACGGCGAGUCGAAGACAGAAAAGUCCGGUGUCUUGCCUGCCCCCGCGGAACAAGGCCAACUUGUUCUUCCCUCAAGCCUGGGGCAUAAGCUGGAUCGUAUCAGCUUGAUCACUCGAGCAAUGAAUCUGGGGAAUGACCUCGAGGAGGCAGUUAAGAAGGUAUCGGAGGUUAUGGCCCGAGAGGAAUGA